CCCUUGCAGGAUGGCUUGCGUUUGAGAGCAGCCAGUGGGGUUUGGGUUUUAGGAAGACGGACUAGAUUCCUGGCGACUUUUUCUGGAGAAUUUAAGAUGUCUUCAAACACCCCCAGACGCAACAGUUGCCGCGGAGGUGCCGGCGGGAGCCGGGCGGCCCCCGAGUGUCCUCCCGUCCGGCGCAGGGGCUCCUCCAGCUGCGCGCUCCUCUCCUCCUCCUCCGGGGCGCAGGGCGAGGAGAACCUCUCCGUCCGCCUGAGCCAGUCCCUGCUCGCCAUCACGCUGCGUCUGUUCCUGGCCGUGGAUCUGUGGCUGUCCAAGCAGCUCGGGGUGUGCGCCUCGGAGGAGUCUGCGUGGGGCAGCAUCCGGCCGCUGGUGCGCCUGGUGGAGCUCUCCGGACACGUCCUCCCGUGGCUGGCCGGCUCCCUGUACACGCUGCUGCGCGGGGACAGCGUGGCGGAGAAGGAGAUCAUGCUGAACUUGACCCUGGCUCUGAUUCUGGACCUGCUGACGGUCAGAGCCGUGAGGACUGUGGUGAGACGGCGAAGGCCGGCCCAGAACCGCGCCGACCUCCUCUCCACCCUCUUCGUGGAGCGCUGCUCCUUCCCCUCGGGCCACGCCUCGCGGGCGGCCCUGUGCGCCCGCUUCUGCGCGGCCCGGCUGGUGGACACGGCCUCCGUGCGGGUGCUGGUGGUGAGCUGGGCCGCCCUGCUCGGCCUGUCCCAGCUGCUGCUCUCCAGACACUACGUGACGGACGUGGGCUUCGGCCUGGCCCAGGGCUACCUCCAGUACGGCCUGGUGGAGCGGCUGUGGGUCACCUGGGACUGCCUGCGGGACCUGCUGCUGGUGCGAGUCCGAGGGAGCCUGGACAGAGCCUACAGCGACCUCUGGGCCGUGGCCUGGAAACUAGGGGUGGGACGAUACGGGUAACUCAUGAUUCAAUACUGUGGAGAUAUGUGGCCAUAACGAUAAUAUCACGAUACACAAUACCGUAUUGGCCUGAAUAUAAGACGGUGUUUUUUGCAUUGAAAUAAGACUGAAAAAGUGGGGGUCGUCUUACAUUCGGGGUCUAGACGUUAUACCCAUUCACAACACUAGAUGGCGCUAGAUAUCUUUAAAGCGAAUGCUGAACUUAACUCCCCAGGCCCUGUCACGAAGAAGAAAAAUAAAAAAAUACUAUAAGAAAGAAAAGAGAAGAAAAUAAGAGAAGAGAUAACAGAAAGUGGAGAAACGUAGCGACAAUCUGGAGAAAAGUGGGUGGAAGUUCGGCAGGUAAACCGGCAGCUGAGGAGAAGUUAUGAUGCAAAAUUCAAGAUAAUGAUUUCAAAUAGUCAAAAUAACAUGCUUUUUCUCUCGAAUAUAUUGUUAUAAUCAUUUGUUUCAAAUGUACUGUAAAUAUUUUCUGUAUAAAAAUUGAAUUUAGUGUUCAAAAAGUCUUUUUUCAAACUUGAGUCUUGAAAAAGAGGGGGUCGUCUUAUAAUCGGGGUCGUCUUAUAUUCGGGACAAUACGGUAUCUACGAUAUUCGAUAUAUUGUAAGAGAUUUCAUCAACGAUAUAUCACGAUAUAUGUGACUGAAAAAGAAAAAAUACCCAUAAAAAGGAAAAUGUCUGUAGUUAUGCAUUUAUUCAAUGCCAAAACGUCAUACAAUGUAUAAAGAAAGUGCAUUUGUAUCGAGCCUCACUGUCUCCUAGUCUUGUAAAUGUAGACACUGAACAGCUGGACAAAUUAAAGUGCAUGAACAUUAGUGCGGUGACAACCGCGUAAAUCCAUCAUGUGUGUUGUAAUAAUAAUAAUAAUAUCGAUAUUUGCUGUCAAUUUAUCGAUUAUUUAUUGCCACAGAGAGCAAUAUAUUGAAAUAUCGAUUUUUUUUCCCCCAUCACUACUGGAAACAUUAGGUCUGCUUAAAGUGUGUGUUUGUCACCUCAAGGGAGGAGGGAAAUGUGCAGCAUGAACUACUUCAGAAAAUCACUACAACACUUUAUUUACUGUUUGAUAAAAGUUACUCUCUCCACUUAUAUUUCAUGUAUCUGUAUCACUUUAAUGUAUCCAUUUCUUUAUGUGCAAAAACCUGAAGUGGAUGUACUGACAGUAUACUUGGGUAGUAAGUUACUACUUCCAAUAUGUGGCAAAUGCAGCUUGUUUGUACCAUUCAGAGCCUUUUUUUGUUAGAAGAGACAGAAUAUUAAAUUUUCUUCUCCAAAAUUUACAGAAUUUUCUAAGAUUUUAUUCUGUUUUCAAUUGAAACCAGAGAUACGGUACAAAAACACCCUUUUUCAUGAUGUCUUACCAGUUUUCUUCAUAGUGGCUGG